GGAUGUAGACUAUCCAUUGCUAGGUAGAUCUUCGGGAUCUCCAGGACACGGAGAAAGACAGACCUCCAGGAGCAGGUUCUGGACCUCCCUGGUGAUGCGGAUCAGGGUGCAGCUCCUCCUCGUUCUGAAUGGUGGUUUGGGUAGGGUGUAUCUCACUCACAUACACACACACACACGCACGCACGCACAUGACAUCAUGGCUGCGUUAGGGCCGGAUCUGCUCACGCUGCUGGGGGAAUGAACGGCAGCGAUUCUGCUGGUCUUUUUUUUUUACCUUUGCUAUUAUAGCUCUUAACCUCGGGCAGCUCCUCCACCGACCGCGACCCAAAUGCGUCCGGCUGCGGCUCUCCGCGCCUGUCGCAUCCGCCUCCCGCCCUCUCAUGCUCGGCUCUUGGCAGUAGUCUCUCCGCUCCUCCACUGUUUCCAGGUCGGGCAGUCGGCGUCUCCCUGCGCUAAAGAUGGCCGGCGAUGGAGGCGCUCUGAAGGAUAUCAAUGAGAUCAAGUCCCAGUUCAGGACCCGAGAGGGCUUCUACAAACUGCUGACGCUGUCCGACUCCCAGCAGAGAGGCGGACUGCCGCGGGGGCCCGCAGCGGCAGGCUCGGCGGCAGCCCCGGGCGCCCCGGGCUCGGUGGGCGGCGUGGGGCUGGUGCAGGGCCCCGGGGCCGGAGCCGGAGUCGGGACCGGGGCCGGGGCCGGGGCCGGAGGAAGCUCAUCUCCGGGCGGCUUCCUGCCUCCAGUGCGGGUAUCCAUGGUCAAGCUCCAGCCGGAGGACCCGAGCGAGGAGUCCGAGCGAGUGUGCUUCAACAUCGGCAGGGAACUUUACUUCUACACCUACACCAACAUCAAAAAGGCAGUGGACCUUAGUAAGCCUAUAGAUAAGCGCAUAUAUAAGGGGACGCAACCCACCUGCCAUGACUUCAACCAGUAUUCGGCCACAGCAGACAGCGUGGCUCUCAUCGUGGGCUUCUCCGCCGGCCAGGUGCAAUACCUGGACCCCAUCAAGAAGGAGACCAGCAAGCUCUUCAACGAGGAGAGGUUAAUUGACAAAACAAAAGUAACAUGUCUAAAGUGGCUGCCAAAAUCAGAGAACCUGUUCCUGGCCUCCCAUGCAAGUGGCCACCUCUACCUCUACAAUGUGGAACACCCAUGUGGCACAACAGCUCCACAAUAUUCACUGCUCCGGCAGGGUGAGGGAUUUGCCGUGUAUGCCUGCAAGACAAAGACUCCUCGCAACCCCUUACUGCGCUGGGCCGUGGGAGAGGGCGGGCUGAACGAGUUUGCAUUCUCGCCUGAUGGCGUACACGUAGCUUGCGUGGGCCAGGACGGCUGCCUCCGUGUCUUCCAUUUCGACUCAAUGGAGCUGCAAGGCGUCAUGAAGAGUUACUUCGGCGGCCUGCUCUGUGUUUCCUGGAGCCCGGAUGGCAAGUACCUGGCUACUGGAGGAGAGGACGACCUGGUUACUGUUUGGUCAUUUGCAGAAAGUCGUGUGGUGGCGCGAGGUCACGGCCACAAGUCAUGGGUCAAUGUGGUGGCUUUUGACCCCUUUACCACCAGCCUAGAGGAAGAGGAACCAAUGGAACUAAGCGGCAGUGAAGAGGAUCUCCACCAGGGGCCGCAAAACUUUGGCCGAGUGCGCACUAGCAGCACGCUCUCGCGCCUCUCUCGCCAUAGCUCCAAAGGCACACCGUCCGUGACGUACCGUUUCGGAUCUGUCGGACAGGACACGCAGUUUUGCCUGUGGGAUCUUACAGAUGACGUUCUGUAUCCACGACUGCCACUUUCCCGUGCCCUCACAAACACGUUCGGCCCCAACUUGCCACCUUCUGUCAGCGGAGGGAUGAACAGCACGAGCGGAAGCGGAGGGGUUGAAGGCCACCACCACCCUUCCAACCCCCACCAACUACCGACGUUGCCCCUGCCUCUACCUCGCUCUCUCUCACGUUCCAACUCCCUCCCUCACCCUGCUGUUGCCAACACCUCCAAAGGCCAGGGAGCAACAGAGAGCGGAGGGACAGGAGGGAGUGGCAGCGGAGGAGGCACCACUCCCUUUAGCAUCGGACGCUUUGCGACACUGUCACUGCAGGAACGCAAAUCUGACAAAUCAGGCGUAGGAGGGGAAAAGGAACACAAGCGCUACCACAGCCUCGGAAAUAUUAGCAAGAGCAACGAUAAGAUCAAUGUAGCGCCACGUAGCAACCGACUGGAUGCCUCAAAGGUGCUGGGAACAACGCUGUGCCCACGGAUGAAUGAAGUACCGCUGCUUGAGCCGCUAGUGUGUAAGAAGAUUGCCCAUGAGAGGCUCACUGUUCUUGUCUUCAUGGACGAUUGCAUCAUAACAGCAUGCCAAGAGGGACUCAUCUGUACUUGGGCACGACCUGGUAAAGCGCACUCCUCCCAACCGUUGUCAACACAAAAUGGGAACUCGCCGAGUGGGACAGUGGUAUAGCCGGCGGUGGAGCUUCUCACCAAUCACCUGCACCCACACUUCCUUUUUCCUGUUUUUACAGGUUUGACUUGCUGACCUUGAGGCCAGGAGUUUGGUCUGUCGCAGUGCUACCACUGUCACACCCAAAUGUGCACCUCUUCCACUCUAGACGCGUGUUUUGUCCUCAUAACUGCAAACUCAGAUACUCAAACACGUACAUGCAGCUUACCUGAAGACUACUAACGCAUAUUUACAAGGACAUUUGGCACAACCCACAUAGGUAUAGACCUCCCAGCUCCCAUUUCUGUGCUCCCACCUUCUUACUUUCUUCGGACUGCAGAGCAGCAAGGAGACUGACGUGUUCCUUCCGGAUGUUUUUUCCCCCCACCUCCCCCUACGGUACAAGAGUGAAGAAGAAGAAGAAAAACAAAACACUGCAAAAGCCACAAUGCCACGGCCAUCAUAUAUGUAUCUUAUUUAUUUAUUUUAUCAUUGAAACUGUAGUAAUUUAUAUUGUACAUAUUCAGAAUAUAAAGGCAGAGGAUUAAAUGUAUCGAAAUAACGAACUCAAAUAAUUAAUAUAUGAAGAUCCUAUAUUGUACAUAGUGACAGUUGCAUUGAAUGUUUGCGAGGCGUAGGGAGUCCGAAGACUUUGUGUUUCCGUAUUCUAGCGCUCCCUUCGCCGACGAGGCCAACAAGCAGGAAUUGAUUGAAGUGCAUUCUGUGCGCUGGCAUCUGGCCUGGAUUGAGAGUUAGCCUAAGUGCAUUUCCUCAGACAGCUGGGCUCUCCGAGUGACGUUUUCGACCUUGAAUAAGAGCUAUGUGCUCAGGAAAGCUGAUGUCCUGUUUAAAAAAAUGAGCUAAAGUUCUAUCAGGUUCCAGGUGGCGCGAAAUGGGACCUUUUGCAAUUGUUGCUGAGCUCUCUUCGACGUUCUAUCCAGUAUUGAAACAUACGAAAUGGUAAUUUUAUUCCUUCUCCUACGACCGCCUGGCUAAACCCAAGGUACAGCUAAAGAGCGAGAGAUACCUGUCGCCGCAGUCGAGUAACACAUCUAACUAUUGUAGCAUCUAGUAGGCCGCCAUUCUUCUCACCUGCUAUGCCUCUUGCAAGAUUUUGCACAUUUUAACAGUUCGAACUUGGCCCAUUAGUUGGGCCCAGAGGGGUCCCUCAUGAGGUGGAAUCGCUAAGCUAGCUAGCUAACUUUUCACCAUGUGUUAAUCGUAGUAGGCCUAUGGUUUUAGGCUGAAUUCCACGUGGCUACGAAGCGGCCCCCAAAACGGCCGUCCGCGUUGCAGUUAAAUAAGACGUGUGAAGUGUUAGCUUAGCCAGACCUUAGCCAGUUUGACUCUCUCUGGAAUCCUCUCGUGUGAAGGCUGCCCCCUAGAGGCAUUUUUGUUCCCUGAUGUUUGCUCUUAUUUUUGGAAAGCCAAGCUACUGAAGUGAAUGGAUAUGCACUCUCUCUCUGGUUUUAUAUCCAUGUUGACCUUCCUACCUGCUCAAAUGACAAGCUAUGGGGUUUCCCGUGGUGACCAGUGUCCUCGCCCCUGGAUAACAGUGUGUGGUUUGGGUCAUUUGUAAUUUUUUUUCCUGUAUUUUCUGUUUAUUAUGCUUAGGUAUAUAUAUAUAUAUAUA